GUUGAGAAAUGUGACGUGACAUCAAAAUGCGUAAAUUUAAAUUGAGAAUUGUUUUAUUUAAAGCUUUCGUGACUGCAGGGAUUUAUCUGGUUAUAAGGUCGGUCGGCUACAGACAUCAGCAGUCGGAGUUCAUCACGACCACGGUGGUGAGAUGUUGACUCCCUCGCCCGGUACUCAAGCAGUCGUGGGUUCAAUCCCUCGUACCAGGUGAGGAAGUUAACAUCUCCCAGCCACCGUGAUGAUGACGAUGAUGAUGAGUGAGACAUGACAACUCACAAUAUACAGCAGCAGCAGCAGCGGGCAUCGUCGGGAUGGAACCCACGACCUCUUGCGUACCGUGCGAGGUGUGUUGACAUCGUCACCCCCGCUCCGCUUCUCCUGCACAGAGUCGCUGGCCGUGAGAACUCCGAUGGGUUCCGUCUCCCCGCCGCUGCUGCUGCUGCUGCUGGGACUCUGCGCCUUCGCACAGCUGGGGGCAGUCGCCAGCGCCGCCUGGUGGUCGCUGGCAAUGUGGGUCCCCCCGGCAGUGGACCCCUCGCAGCGUCCGCUGCUGCUGUGCAGCGUGGCCCCGGGGCUGUCCCCCGCACAGCGCCACGUCUGCCGGCAGCAGCCGCACUUCAUGAAGCUCGUGGUGGACGGCGCGCGGCUGGCGAUCGCCGAGUAUCGGCACCAGUUCCAGGCGAAGCGCAAGCGCAAGGCGCCGUGCACGGAGGACGGGCUGGUCCCUUUGGCUCGGGCAGACCAGCAGAACCAAUCACCUAGAUUCCCCAUCAACUACCGGGACCAGGCCCCGACUUGUCUUCCCAUUGGCUGA